UAAUUUAGUAGGGGCGGGCAAGAAUCCCGGUCCCGUUGUCCCAUUCCGGUAUAUCCCGUUGUACCGGUGAGGAAGUUGAGAGCUGUUCUCUCCCUCGUCUGAGGUUCUUCUUCGAUUUUAGCCAUAAAUCCACUCGGAUUUUCCAUUAAUUUCGUGUUUUUGAGCUGGAUAUUGGAUGCUUUACUUCCUGAAUCUCCUUAGGUUGUAAAUCCUCCAAUUUUGGAGCCCAGGACUCGGAUUCUUGGACUGGUUUCACGUAAUAGAUAGCUCGGAAUUACUGUUCACAGAAAUGGGUCAACGCAUAUUUCUCUUGAUUUCCUUGCUCAAUCUUUGAUUGGUAGGUGUUUUUAGAUUCUCCUGGAAGUGAGGCUCAAGCAUUUCAGAAGUUUUUGAGUUCUUGAAUCUGCUGGGAUUCGUUACCUUGUUACUGCUCUACCAGAGGUGUGAAAUUUCGAAGCUUCUGUUUCAGCACCUGCGAAAUCACUGUUCACGCGAGAAGCAAAAUCGCGACAAUUUAGCAUCGUUCUUCAUCUGGCUGGGCGAGCUUAGGUUGCUUGGAAUCUGAUGGCUGAACUCUGAAGGCACCUGCACGAACGAUAUGGCAAGGAAGAAGCUGACAAACGCUGAAAGUUCUCUGGGACGGGUUACCAGGUCCACUGCUUCCUUUAACUUGCUGGAUGGACUGGAUGAAGAACUCCAUACUCUGGGGAAUGCUACGCCAGCAACUCUUGAUGUUGGUGUCUCUACGCUAGCAGGACUUACUGCCAAAGCAGAGAAUGUUUCUAAACCUGGGCAGAUUGUUGCUAAGAUACCUGGACAGUCAGUCCCUAAGUUGGUAGCAAAUAAGGAAAAGAGGAAGGAAACUGAACUCCGGGCGGAUGCUACUCAUGCAGGAGGUUCGUCUCCUUUGGUUCAUGGGCAGACUACAGUCAUUCCUACUAGCUCAGGGACUGCUAAUCCUUGGUCCUCCCUUUUUAAGGACAAUCGGGCACCCUCAAAUGGCUUUAAAUUGAGGUACAUCCCGCCUAGUGGCACAACCAUAGACUUUUCCGAUAGAAUUAUGCCUAGUAUGGUUGAAAUGUGGGGUUUUUGUUUAGUCGGUUGCUUCACCGGAAAAUUUCCCGGCCUAAAAGCGAUUUAUGAUUUGAAGAACACAUGGGGUGUUAAGUGCAUUAUUAAGCCCCAUGAUAAGGGUUGGGUUUUAUUUAAAUUCCAAAGUGAGGAUGAUAGGACAAAAGUGUUGAAAGAGGGACCUUACACCAUUUUUGGGAAACUACUUAUGUUAAAAGCACUAUCGGAUGAUUUUUCCUUUGAUGAUGAAGAGUUUCUCAAAGUACCUAUUUGGGUUAAAUUCCCUAACUUACACUUGAAACUUUGGAAUGAGGAUGCUCUGAGUGAGAUUGCAUCCAUGGUUGGUGUCCCAUUGGCUACGGACAAAGUCACACAUGAUAGGUCUAAUCACCACUUUGCUAGAGUGCUUAUUGAAGUUGAUAUUUCGAAGCCACCGCCACUUUCAUUUCCUAUUCGACUACCAUCCCGGAAGGUAGUUAAACAAUUUGUGGUGUAUGAAACAUUCCCAAAUUUUUGCUUCCAUUGUAAGAUAUAUGGGCAUCACCCUUUUAUUUGCAAUAAGCUAGCACAAAGGAACGAUGAGACGGUAAGUGAGAAAGUUGAAGAUGAACAAAUAAAAAUUGGGGGAAAGGAAAACAUACCUGCGGAAAUUGUGGAAACUGUUGAACUCGCUGCCCAACGGGCAGAAUCUGCCCAGGAGAUCCACCCGACUGUCCAGGGGCACAACCCGGCCGGGACAGCCACAACCCCGAUCGGGACAGCCACAAAGCCGACCGGGUUUAACCGGCAGACUGAUUCCAAGGAUGCCCAAAGGUGUCCAGAAGUUGUGACAAGCUCAAAUGAACAAUCCGUGGUUGCUUUGGAAGAUAUUGAGAGGGUAGUUACAGAUGAGAAUGAUUUGCACCAACAUGAUGUCGUCACCAAAUGUGAGAUGGUUAACGGUAAGACACUCAAGUUGGUUGUCAAACCGUUUAGAUUUGUGCGGGCUAGUGUGAUUCGAGUGGAUACUUCCCUUCGUCUCACGGACGAUUUGGAUAAAAAGGGCUUAACUUUCACCGCAAGAUGUCUAGAGGGACUACCGGGAGUUACAAAGAAGAAAGGGGAGGUUUGUUUUGAUGCUAAGUUCACUACUCCUUUCCGGGCAUUCUUUGGAUAUUUAGAUUAAGAACUUCUGUAACAUUAAUCUAUGAGGUGGGGUCUGUCCCAUUUUUUUUUGAUGCAUUAUAUCUAGGUUAGUUGAUUCUAGCUUGGAUAGUCUUGUUGAUUUGGAUUUGAUGCAUUGUAAAAUGCUAUUUUUCGAUCUCUAAUAUACUUACAUGUUAUCGUCGAAACCGUACCGGUGUUAUCCCGUUCCGUUUGGGUCUCAUUGAUUUUGUCCCGCACCGGUCCCGUACCGGUUU